CUAGAGGAGGAAGUAGGUGAAAUGAGCUGGGGAGUUCCACUUAUUAUUCAGAAACGACAUUAAACUAAAUGCAGGGAUUAACAGAAGGAGGCCAUCUUGUGGAUGGCAAGAACAAACAAGCGAGCCAGUAGUACGUCAGUCACAUGGUACCGGAAGAGGUGUCGGGUUGCAGCAGCCCAAGCUUGUCGUCUGUGGAUUGUAGUUUAUUCUUCUCAGACAUCCCUCACUGCAAGGAGGCCACCAAAGAGCACCCAUAACAUGUACGACAGGUUUUUGACCAAGUAAGAUGGAAUUUACUGAGCAGGCAGCUGCAUUUCCACUGAAUACAUCCAGCAAUCAAUCUUUAUUUGGCGCUUGCCCCAGCUCGGAGGUGCUACCCAGAAGCCUCUCUGAGACAAGCACUAGUCACGAUGACCUUGAGCAAGACAGGACAAUACUUAAGACUUUUUCCGGCAAUACAUCAUCUCUGUACGGUGAUUUAGCACCUCGCCAUGAGUACAGAGCUAAGUUGGAGGCACGCAGGUCCUUGCAUCCAAGAUUUUGCACAUCGCAAGGAACAGAAAUGGCUUUGAAGCAGAAAAGCUUCCAGGAACAGUACUGGACAUGUGCAAUUCCGGACUCCCCUCCUCCAUGCCCUGAUCGUACGUCUCCUCGUUGGGACCCAAAUAAAGAGUAUCAGGACCUUCUUGACUAUACAUACCCAUUAAAUCCAAAGUACUUUAUCUAUAAAGAUAGCGAGGAGAGUGACACCGAUCCAUUUUUCCAUGAUUCCGGAAUAGAUCUGGAUAGUUAUAACGUUUCUUAUGACACCAAGCUGCAUUCUACCCGCUCACGGUAUCAAAAGCAACCUGAAGUGAAAAGCACCUCCUACUCAAGGUUAAAUCACUUGAGUUCACCCUAUGCCUACUCGACUCCUUUGUUCAAGAAAGCCAGCUACCGAAAUUUGCGGAAGGAGUCUGACUCCUCUAACGAAGCAUCUUUUGAAGAGCUUUCACCGUGUUUUAGCAAAGAGGACCUUCACGAGGAACCAUCGCAUGCUGGGGGUAUGCUAAAAGAGAAAAUACACAGUUUGGGCCAGUUUAUACCGACAACGCGAGUCCUCCCGCUGAACCCAGAAUUGGAAAGUGAUGAGGAAUUUCUUUCAUUGCCCCCACACCUCAAAGAGAUAGAACAUCUUGCCACUCAUUUAAAAGACUUGUCUUUAAAUGUAACUCAGAAGAGUGAAGUGAGUGGUGCCCUAGAAGAGGAUGAAAGGCGACCAUGGUUUACAUAUGGUCAAGGAGAAAAGGGAAUCGACAAAAGAAUAGGGAGUAAAGACGCGACGCUCAGCCAGUCAUCAUACUUUCCCGAAGGCCUGGCAGGUAGUAAAGUGAAUAACCUGAAGCACAAUGCAUCAGGGACGUCAUUAAAUAAAUUCUUCUCAUUGAGAGAUAUGCUGGAUGGAGGGGAGUCUUCACCUUCCUUGGAAAUCGGUGGAUCUUCAUUUGUGCCAAAAGUCCAUGGAACCCCAUCGCUAGUUCACAUUAUUCAGGGAUUCUGCCAUCACCUUGACCAACUCAUUCAGUGGCUGUACAGCUUUGCAGAACUAUCAGACAGCUGGGUUGAGCCUAAGCCUAAUGUGGAGAGCAUACAGCUGUCUCUGAGCCUUUACCUGAAAUUGAAGAAAACCAUAUCAGAGCACCAGAUACUGGCAGACACAGUUGUGAAGGACGGAGAACACCUGCUUAAAUGCCUGUCUCUUAAUUCCUCAGUGCUGAAAGACACCCUGUCGUUAGUUUCUAAACAACGAGGAGAGCUGGACAGACAAGCGGAGCGCCUGUACUCCUCAGUGCUGGAAGCUAUGGACACCAUCUCUGAUGACAGCUUGGGGACGACUAGUAACCUAAAACAGUGCGUUUCCCUGGAGAUGGAAUCAAGUUAGGCAGUACAGAGUGAAGAGAAGUCGGCUCCAUUAUUUAUCCUGAACAGAAUCUCUCCAGAAGUCGCCUUAUGCCACAUGCACAGAUCAGAGAAAAAACAAAAAAAGUAUUUCUCCCAAAAUAUAAGAGCAACGUCAGUGUUAAUAUUAGUGUCCGUGUUGUAUUAUACAGGCUCCUGGCUGUUCCACAGAUCAGCACUAGUGUCUAUCACAAAUGAUUGGGUACUUUAAAGGCUUGUUUUUUAUGUUUCUUUGUAUUCACAUUUGAGUAUGAAUUGUAUAUGGGCUUUUUACAUGGAAUUCAUACAGAACCAGUAUGUUUAUUAUUGUUCAUAUAUACACUUUUAUUCAAAAGAA